AUGGCAAAGAUAAAUUUAAGUUUAUGGGAAGAUCCGAAUUUCCCAUCUCUUGAUAUUCUUGAAAGUCGAACGAAAGUAACGCUUGAAGCUUUUAAUAAAUGUAGAAUAUUGGACAUCAAACUUCGAACAAAUGACGAUAAAAUUGAAAAUUUUUGUCGCGAAUUUAACACUUUAACUAACGAAAGAGCUGUAGAAUCUUUAAGGCUCUCAUUAUAUAUCGAGGAUGUUAUUAUAUAUAUACAAUUACUUUCAAAAGAAAAUACAAGUGUCGGAGUAAUCCUUGAAACUUUAUUAUCUUUACUGGAUACAGCACAAGCUAGGCAAAAAAAUACAAAAAAAUUGAAAAAAAAUUACGAAGAAUUUCUUGAAAGAUUUAAUAAAGAAGUUACUUGCAGUGUCCCAAUAUAUAAUUAUAAUUCAACCGAGAAUCAUAUCGUCAUCAGAGAACCUCCUUCCAGAAAAAUCAUAUCUCUAAAGUCUUUAAACAUUAUUUUAAUAUCAAUAUCGGUUUUAUUUGGCUAUGGUGUUUUCAAAUUUUCUUGCAGUAAUUUUGGAUCAAAUGCCAUCCACCGAUUCUUUUCCAUCAUCCCUUCCUUUUUAAAUCUCAUUGAAGAAAGUAUAGACAUUCGUAAUCUUGACGAACAAAAUCACAAAAGUUCUGACAUGCCCACCGAUAAACCGAAUAGUGAUUUAACGAAAAAUGAUUCACCAAAAGACGAUUCUCCGAAAGAAUAUCAUCCUAGUGAACAGAAUCCUUUUUCCGGGACAUCGAUGAAUGAAGGUUCAUCAGAUUCAUCAGGACUUAUAUCAUAUAUAUCCAGGCUAUUCAAUUCUUUUAAGGGAAAUGGACAAUCAAAGAACAAUAAUACCAAGAACAUACAGUCUGUCGCAUCAAAAUCUACUUCCGAACCAGCUUCCGAACCAACUUCGGAACCAACUUCUAUCUCUGAGCCGUCAAAUCAUGUUAAAGAAACAAAGUUCGAUGCGGAAUAUAAUUCUUCUUUACCUUGUAAUGGCCAUUCAGUGACUUCGGCAUCUCCAGGUUUGACGGACCAUAGAAUUUGCACACCAGCAGCUUGCUUUUUGGGUUUCACCGCAUGUCUCUUUAUGUAUGGAAUUUUGAGGCAAUUUAAACCCAAACAAUAUCGCUGGUGGAUGAAAUUUUUCGGGAAUGGCCAUCAACGUAGAUCAUCAAAAAGAACUGAGGAAAUAAAACGACAACAAAUCAUUGAAAAAAAUGAAAAAAUCUUGGAAAUUAAAGAAAAGCUUCCUAUUAUCGUUCAGAGCGUUGGGAUUUUAGAUCAAUUUUGGGAUAAUCAAAUCAUUAACAUUAAAGCGCAUGUUGAGACUUUAAAAUCCGUGGAUGAGAAUGAGGAAUUUAAAAUCCCGCGACAAAGAGCCAUUCCAAUUGAAGAUCAUUGGACGAAACAACUUAAUGGAUGCAAAGCGAAUCAUAUUCGCCUGAAAGAUCUUGUAACUUAUAAUUCUCUCCUACCCAUUGAUUGA